AUGAAGUACGACAUAUCUUCCCAGAGAAGAUCUUUGCCACUAUGGAUGACAAUCCUUAUUUUUCUUGGAGCGAUGGCAAUCUUGGGGGUAACUAUUGGUCUACUUCUCCAUUUUCUGGCAGUUGGAAAGACUUACUAUUACCAAGGUGAUUUUCAUAUUCCUGGAGUCACAUACAAUGAUAAUUGUGAAAAAGUGGUGUCACAAGCCAGCACAGACCUGAGCAAAGAUAUGGAGAUUAAGAUGUCUAAUGCAUCAAACUCUAGCGUAUACAAAGAAUAUAUCAACUCUCAAGACAUCAAACUUCUUCCUCAUCCCAAUGGUUCAAGUGUCCAGUUACAGUUGACAUUCAAGUUUCCUCCAGCACAAAAGAAUAGCAUGGGGAUUAAAAUCGAGGCUAUCUUACAUCAGAUGUUGAAGGACAACAUGGAAUCCUGGAAUGCAGUUCCCACUUCCAUCAAACUUAUAGAAAUCAGCAAGGCUAAUGCUGAAAUGCUUACCAACAACUGUAAUUGUGGGAGAUGACUGCUCAAUAGUAUCACAGCAGGCAACAGAAUUGUGAAUGGGAAAAAUGCCCUGGCAGGGAUCUGGCCAUGGCAGGCAAGCAUGCAGUGGAAAGGCCAACACCACUGUGGUGCCUCUCUGAUCAGCAGCAGGUGGCUUCUAUCUGCAGCUCACUGCUUUGCUAAAAAAAAUAAUUCAGAAGAUUGGGCGGUCAACUUUGGAACUGUAGUAAAUAAACCGUAUAUGACACGAAUCCAAAACAUUAUUUUUCAUGAAAAUUAUAGGCGGGCCAGGGUUCAUGAUGAUAUCGCCCUUGUGCAGCUUGCUGAAGAAGUCUCUUUUACAAAGUAUGUUCGUAGGAUUUGCCUUCCUGAAGCCAAAAUGAAGCUCCCAGAAAAUGACAGUGUUAUAGUUACAGGAUGGGGAACACUUUAUAUGAAUGCUAAGUUUUUCUGUCCUCUUCCAGUGAUACUUCAGCAGGCCUUUUUGAAGAUUAUUGGUAACAGAGUUUGCAAUGCUUCGCAUGCAUUAUCUGGCUUGGUGUCUGAUACAAUGCUGUGUGCUGGAUUUAUGUCAGGAGAAGCUGAUGCCUGUCAGAAUGAUUCUGGUGGACCACUAGCUUACCCCAACUCUAGGAAUAUCUGGCAUCUUGUUGGAAUAGUAAGCUGGGGUGAAGGAUGCCGUGAAAAGAAUAAACCACGUGUCUAUACUCGAGUGACUGCUUAUCGUGACUGGAUUACCUCCAAGACUGGACUCUGA